CAGCCAUCACUCUAUCAGGGCUGUAGUGGAGCUAGAGAGAUAAAUGGUCCAGGUUGAUAUGUUGACCAGUUGCAAAUAUAUUGGCAAUGUGGUGUGUAUCAAAUCUUAAGGGUCUUUGUCAAAUUUGUUUAUGUCCACUGGAAAAAAAAAUUAUUAGAUUUUUUGAAAAAGUUGAUAUAUCAAUAGAGUGUUCUUUCUCCCACAUAUUGAUAGCUUUACAAAAAAAUAGUGAUUUGUGCAUGGUUUCUAAAAAUUAAUUUAUUCCUCAGUUUUUGUUUCAUUAAACAUAUAUUUCUCCUACAUUUUUCUGAAUGACAAAUAUGGGAGGUGCUGAUCCAUUAAGUAUUUCAAACAAGUGCUGGGAAACUUGGUAGUGCAAUAGCCUUUGGCUGACACAUUGAACAGAGUACAGUUCUUAUGCGCUUAAAAAUAUGUCUUAGACUUUAAGCUAGUUAAACGUGGGUAGCCUGUUAGUUGCUAGAUGUUUUAACUGCUUGCCUGAAGGAAAGAGUGUAGAUUUCAUUUGUCAUCAUUCCUGGACGGGGCGUACUCUCCGUUGUGAGCAGCCUGCAGAUUUAGGCAUCCAACGCCUGCUGCGUAUAGUCACAAGUGCGAAAACCACAGCGCGUUUGGCUGAUGCACGUAAAAUGUCUCCGAUAAAGGAUUUAAGUGUAAUUUACGAAGCUCUAAACGGAGAGUACGUCUUUUCUGAGGGAGACACUGUUGCAGGCGCAGUCACGUUCACUCUGUUAAAAGAAACGAAGGUGACGAGUAUAGUCGCUAAAGUCAAGGGGGACGCGCGCGUCUCCUGGACGGAGGAACAUGACGAGGGCACGAGUUGUUUCAGUGAGCACAAGAGAGUCCUCAAAGUCAAGGAACACUUAGUGGCACGAAGUCCCAAAGGUGUUGUACUUGCCCCAGGAGCCCAUUGUUUUAACUUCAGGGUUAAAAUUCCACAGGGGGACUUACCGUCAUCCUUCUACGGGUUAUAUGGAAACAUCAUUUAUGUGCUUGAAGCAAAGGUGUCCAGGAACUGGCGGUGGCCUUCUGCAGUACAAAGAGAGCUCAAAUUUGUUUCAAAGUUUUUAUCACACCAUGGCCAAGUAAAGUGUCGCCGCUGUGCUUCAAAGGGUAAGGAGGUUGCAGUUUUCUCCAAAGGAAAGGUCAAAAUGUCUGCUACCAUUGACAGGAAGGUUUGCUCUCCAGGUGAUACUUUAUCUAUUGUCGUCAAAAUCUGCAACUUGUCCUCCAAACAAAUGAGGCCCAAGUUCAGCUUACAGCAAGAAAUAAAGUACAGUACAGAAGGAUCCACUAACAUCACUGAUACAACUCUGCGCACAAAAGUGGGAGAAACGCUCAAAUUUAACUCAGAGGAAACCAUCUCCUGCAUAAUGGACAUUCCUGUCAAAGUCAUCCACACUAUGCACAGUUGUAAAAUCAUCUCAGUUGACCAUUACCUCAAGGUGUAUCUGGACAUCAGUUUAAAACAUGACCCAGAGCUGCGCUUCCCACUGGUUAUUGUUCCUUCUAAUGUUGCUACCCAUCAGCCUGGUGAGGCAGCAGGGCCUUACCCAGCUGGGGCUGUUGGGGCCCCGAGUUACAGCGACUCCCUUCCACCUGCCUUCCCUGGUGGACCUUAUCCAGUACCUGCAGGUCCAAGUGCUUAUGGAUACCCAGCACCAGAUCCCACUCAGCGUGCGAAUGCAGCAAGUGGCUACAACAAUCAGUUGCCACAACAGGUUGCUCCAUCUGCAUUUUUGGCUGCAGCUUUUCCACCACCCUCAGUGCAACGUCAAACCCCUACUGCUUCAACUGCGUUUCAACAGGGAGAACCUCCAACCUAUUCAUCCCUUUUCCCUGCUUCUCAUGGCACUUAUGGUAGCAAAAAACACAAAUAAGCAGGGCAGAAGAUGAGGGCAUUUGGACUAUACUAUACUGUUAAUGUUUUUAAAUUCCACCUCCUUCUUUCAUGUGUUCCUCCGAAGCUGCCAUCUCAAAACACAUAAACAUACACUGCCUGACUAGACUGACUGCUCCAUAUCUCUAUUUGGGAGAUUUGUACGAGUGGCCAUUUCGAGAUGAUCUAUAAGCUGUCUUAGCUUUCUAAUAAAUAAAUACAUACAUAAAACGUAAAUAUUUAAUACAGAAAUAAAUAACUUUCUGCUUACCACUGAGGGUGUGCCUUGUGCUAUGGAGUUAGCUUCUGAACAAGUCAGUCAUUGCUUUUUUCCUGGCCUAAUUAAAUAAUUUAAUGGGAUUAUUACUUUACAAGAUACUACAUACUUAUUAUUAUUAACUUUAAAAAUGUUGAUAAUCAAAAACAAUAAGUUAUCAAAAAAAAAAACAACUGAAUAUUGUCAGGUCAGUUUUAUUUAUAUUGCCUGAUCGUAAAUCACAAGGGGUUUUACAAUCAGCACACCCUCUGUCCUUAGACCCUUGAUUCAAAUGAGGGGGAAAAGCAUCCUGCCUAAAAACCCUUUUACCAGGGGACAAAAUAGGCGGAGGACUCAGGAGAAGCAACAGAGGUGUGAUUCUUUGUUCCAGACUGGACAGAUGUACCACUGAUAUUGCAUGCAAAGGAGAUAUUCUCAACCCCCCACCAUCGCUGUACCAGGGCCGCACUGUAAGUGGCGCACUCAUUUGAUUUUUGUUACCGAUCAUCCAAAUCAAUCAGUUCUG